AUGGCUUCACGGGCAAAUCGCAUUGCGCUUGCGGUCCUCAAUGAGUUCAACAAGCUCCCCGCGAAGCGCAAACCGCUGGUUCGAGAUAACGGGAUGCAUGAAUGGGUGCCUCUCAGUGGCAUAGUUGCAGAAAAGGACGGGAACUUUCAAUGCUUAGCCUUGGCGACUGGUAUGAAAUGUCUUCCCACCACCAAGUUGUCUGCUUCCCACGGCGUUGGUAUACAUGAUUGGCAUGCGGAAGUUUUGGCUAUCAGGACCUUCAAUCGCUUUCUCCUAGAUGAAUGCCACAGCUUGACAAGUGGUGAAAGUCAAACGAAGUACAUCUCUCCAAUACGUUGCAGUCCACUUUCAACAGGAGAACAUGGGAAUCAGUUGCCAUUUGCCAUUGAUCCCGAUGUCAAGCUUCACAUGUACUGCUCGGAAGCUCCUUGUGGCGACGCUAGUAUGGAGCUCACAAUGGCUGCGCAGGAGAUCGCAACACCCUGGGAUGUGCCGGACGCCGUAGAAUGCGCAGGCUCCCAUGAUCCGACUGGCUCUCUCCCUGGAAGAGCAUACUUUUCACAGCUGGGUAUUGUGCGCAGGAAACCUGCCCGCGGGGAUGCUCCUCCAACCCUCUCGAAAUCCUGUUCUGAUAAAAUCUCGCUCAAACAAUGCACCUCACUACUCUCGAGCAUCACAUCACUAUUCAUAGACCCUCCAAAUGCCUACAUAGACACGAUGGUUCUACCUCAGUCUCAAUUUUCUGAGAGUGGCUGUCGACGUGCAUUCUCAAGGCAUGGCCGGAUGAAAGCUCUUGACGGGACACAUUGGCCUGGGGGCUACUCCUUUAAACCGUUCAAAAUCGAGACAACAGAGCUCGAAUUUGCAUUCUCGAAGAAAACCGUCUCCGAGAAAUCUGGCAAAGUAUCAGCCAGCAACUUGGCUGCAGCCUGGUCACUAUCUGGAGUAGAAGAGACCAUCAUCGGGGGUGUCAUUCAAGGCAGAAAGCCCUUUGAUGCCCGUGGUGCCAGCCAGAUGUCUCGCAGGGAAAUGUGGCUCAAGGCUAGGUCCCUGGCUUCCAACCUUGAAGCAGGCCAUGCAUCCAUAAAUCAAACGCUCCAAUUCUCCACCUACCGAGAGGUCAAAGAAUCUCCCUUGCUAGCGGUAAGAAGAAAGGUGAAACAAGACGUUCAGAUCAAAGCCUUGACAGGCUGGCAGAAAAACGAUGGCGACUCAGACUUCACCAUCAACCAGAUACAAUAA